AUGACUUUGGGCAGCAGCAGCGGAGGAGGCGGCGGCGGCUGCGGGAUCAUGUCCGAGCGCUCCCCGGAGGAAGAGCCGCUCUCCGAGGUGGAGGACGCGGACAUCGACGUGGUGGGCCCGCCCCAGGACGGGGGCAAGUACAGCGAGGACGAGGAGGACGAGGAGGACGACGACGAGGAAGACGACGAGGAGGACGACGAGGAGGAGGAGGACGAGGGCGAUCCGCUGGGGCUCGCCCUGCCGCGGAGCGGGGCCGCCAAGGGGCGCAUGGGGGGGUCCCCGGAGCGGCUGUCCCCCGCCGGCGGCUCGGAACCGGCGUGCGCCCGCGGCACCGGGCCCGGGGACAAGGCGACGGCCGGCGGCGGCGGCGGCGGGGGAGGCGGCGGGGGAGGCGGCGGCGGGGGGAAGAACCCGCUGGUGAAGCCGCCCUACUCGUACAUCGCCCUCAUCACCAUGGCCAUCCUGCAGAGCCCCAAGAAGCGGCUGACGCUGAGCGAGAUCUGCGAGUUCAUCAGCGGCCGCUUCCCCUACUACCGGGAGAAGUUCCCCGCCUGGCAGAACAGCAUCCGCCACAACCUCUCGCUCAACGACUGCUUCGUCAAGAUCCCCCGGGAGCCCGGCAACCCGGGCAAGGGCAACUACUGGACGCUGGACCCCGAGUCCGCCGACAUGUUCGACAACGGCAGCUUCCUGCGCCGGAGGAAGCGCUUCAAGCGGCAGCAGCAGCUGCACCCGCCGCACCCCGAGCUGCUGCUGCGGGCCGGGGCCGCCGACCCCGCCGCUUUCCUGCCCGGUUUCGCCUACGGACACUACGGCUACAACUACGGCCUGCAGCUGCAGGUACCCCCCGCCCCACCACCACCACCCCGCCGGCGGCGGGCCCCGGGGGCUUUCCCCUUCCCGGCUCCGCACUGCCCGUUACCGGCUCCGCCGCCUCCCGCCGCCUCCGUCUUCUCCGCCGCCUCGGGGCUGCCCCCGUUCCUGGGCGGCGAGCUGAACUGCAGGAAACCCUUCUACCACCCCCAGCUCAGCCCCACCGCCCUGCCCGCCGCCCUGCUGCAGACCCUCAAGCCGGACCCCUCGCCCGCCGGCGGAGGCGGCGGCGGCGGCAGCAGCAACCCCUCCCGGCCCUCUUUUUCCAUAGACAACAUCAUCGGGGGGGCCGUGCCCCCGCCGCCCAGCACCAACCCCAGCGCCGCGCCCGCCGCGCCCUACCCCGCCGGCCAGGCGGGCCCCCCGGCGCCGGUCCUGGCCAUGCUCAGCCCCGCCUUGGCCCCGGCACAGCCCCAGGUCGGCCCGGCACACGAGCCGCUCCUGCAGCCCGCGCAGAACUUCUCCAGUAAAAUCACAAACCUGAGCAGCUGUCAUUUUUAA